AUGCUACGAUGUAGAUUUCCUAGUGUACCGAAUGAUCCCGCAAUUCACUUCAGCUUCAAAGGUCAUCAAACUUGUGAUACGCAAGUAUAUUUUACUUUCACAAAUGGCUUGGGAUCUAUGAUUAUAACAAGCAUCAGCAGCAACAACAACAACAACAACAACCAUUAUGUCGGGAUCAGAGUGGGAUCAUCAAACCAGCCUACUUUGGUAUGGGGGAGUCGUCCUCAGACUUUUCAAGGAGCAGUUGCCUUGUAUGAAGCAGUUGUUCAAAAAAGAAGCGAAAUCCUACUUUUAAAAUUUCACCCGAGCGGAGCGUUAGGAGCUUGCCGAGUACUAUGGUCCUGUGCUGUGCGUGUUUCACCGGCCAGUCCGCUUCCGUUCGUUCCUUUGGGCUGUGAGUGUGUCGCCGGCUCAGAGACAAUCUUGAACACUCUCUUGAGAUGCUGGGCCUUGGGUCAGACAUUGAAUCGUCGAAGACACCAACCUCGCUCCGAACUUCGUCGGGGUGCCGCGGCGGAGAUUUCCUCUCUUCCUCCGACCCUCACCAACGACCAUCACCACAUACAUUUGACGAACCAAGGUGAUGGUCGUUCCGUGGAGAAGGAGAGGGAUCUCCUUUUAUUUGAACACCAACUGCGAGAGGGGGAGACGGUGCGGGCUGCCGAGCUCCAACUGGAGCAAAUGGAGUUUAAUCAUUAUCUCCGAAUGAGGGAAAUGAGGCUGGCCCCGGGGUUCCGGGAAAGAGAAAUCCUCCUUCGGGAGCGAGAGAUGGGCCUUCGGGAACGUCAUUGGCGCCUUCGGGCACAGAAGAUUAUUUUCUUCUCUUUUUUCGCGCUCUUCGGAGCUUAUGUUCUGCUUCUGUUUCUCCGCCUUCGGGCAAACAACUAUAUUGCGGGGGUAAGGGGGGGAGGGGGUUGA